UCACUCACCACCACCAUGUCUAAGUUAUUGCACUUGCUGUUCCUCGUAGUUGUGCUCUGUUUUAUUGGAGCUAACACAGCCUCCACAGCCAAUCGUUCAGAAAGGAGUCCUGUUUCAGUGUUCCCGUUCAUGAGAUACGGUGUAAAAUGUAACGGAUGUCCUGCCAACUUCUGUGACGACGAUCCUUCCAUCAUCCACGGAUACUGCUGCGGAUGUGCAAGAUUCUACGAUAAUUUGCCUGUGAAAUGUUCCAGUGCUCUGAGAUGUCCGUUGAACACCUACGAACUGUGCGACAAAUACGAAUACAUGAUGUCUUGUUGUUGCUCUAGAAAAAAGUAAUUGAUUUUGUUCUUAUUACAGCAACAACUCGACUGUUAAAUAUUGGAAAUUCGCAAUCGACCAUUGAAGCAAAUCAGAAGUACUUUCGUAAAAAGGUCAUUUUUUUAAGUUUUAUGUAACCUUGUUUUUGCCAACUAUUAAAAUGAAAUGUAUUUGCCAUAAGACUGACUUAGUGUUGUACUAUUAAAGCCAUUGACAA